AUGAAUUUUCAACCCCACCACACCACCACCAUCUUCUCUCCACCACCACCACCACCACCACCACCACUUCUCCUCCACCAUCACACAUUUGGCCAUUUCCCCACACCCACCUCCCCUUCUCCACCUCUCCCCUUGCAUUCACAAAACCAUCCUUGCUCCCUCCUCACCACCACCACCACCACACCACCACCACCACCACCACCACCCUACAGCUCCAUUUCCUCCUUUCUUCCUCCUCCUCCUCCUUACCAACAGCGUAUCUCCUGCCCCAGCUGGACCAGGAGGUCCGGAGCUUCGCGAACACGGCGCGCCGCAGAAAAAGCCGGCUUUUCGGCAGCUGGGCUCCAACAAGAGGGAGUGAAAGAGCAUGAGGAGAUAGAAGAAGAAGAGGAGCUAAGCAGCAGAAAAGUAAGGGGACCAAGUAAACAAACAGCUAAUAUUUUGGAAGCUACUCUUGUUUCUUCUCUUCUUCUUUUUGUUGUAUAUUUUUUACCUCUAACUUACCCAUGUUACAAUGUAUGAGAAGAUCUUGAACAGCUUGAGUUUUAACUAAUUUGAAGAGCUUGAGUUA